CUGUCGCACCUACCGUGAUUGCAACCGCAACCGCUACACGCGCGACUGUGGCCACCGACAUCACCAGGAUCGUCGCCACGACAUCCAGCACAAACACUACAAAGAUUGCCAGUACCUCUUCCACGAAGGCAUCCACUACCGUCACCAACUCUACUUCCACCAAACCAACUUCCACCCCCACCCAGACCCCUGAUCCCACAGUCAUUCUCGAUGGACCACGAACUACUGAUAUCUUUGCCAACGGAGAGCAAGUCAUCAGAAAUGCCACCCUCAAUGCCACCGACAUUCAAGGCGAUAUCUUGGUCGGCAUGAAGAAGAAACUUGAAUUGUUCUACUUCUUCACCAUCAAUAACCCAGAAUCAUUCAAAAAGAAGCUCCACAACCAAGUUGUUCAACGAAUCACGAAUACCCUGCAACUCCUCAACGUCGCAUCUCAGCCCGUCGUUUGUCUCAACCUUGCCUUCUCUCAAAGUGGUCUCACAAAGCUCGGAAUCACCGCUAACUUGGCAGACACUCCUUUCGCUAAGGGACAGACCGUUGACGCCAACAAUUUAGGGGAUCCUGGAACUAAGAAUUGGGUACCACAGUUUAUUGGAACCAAGAUUCAUGGUGUCUUCUUGAUCGCCUCCGAUACUAUGACGAACAUCAAUGCAAUGGUCUCUUGGUUAAACUCGGUCUAUGGAACUGAUAUAACCAACGUCUACUCGCUCCAGGGUAACAUUCGACCUCCACCCUAUGAUGGACACGAAAUCGCUGGGUUCAACAUCAACCCCGUUCCUGGUCAACAACUUAUUUCUCCUGGUGUCAUCUUGGUUGGCGAGCCUGGUGAUACCCUCGCAAGCUCCCGACCAUCCUGGGCAAAAGAUGGCUCUUUCCUCGUAUUCAGGCAACUGAAGCAGCUCGUUCCUGAAUGGGACUGGUGGCUCAAGAAGGUUGCCCCACCCAUUUCUGGAAUGACCCAGGACGAAAGCGCAGAGCUAUUGGGAGCCAGAAUCAUGGGUCGAUGGAAGAGU